AUGUUGCACAUCCGCGGCGCAGCGGACCUCGACGAGAGUCAGCUGCAGACGUUGACCAUUGUGACUCGGGUCGCGUCGACACUCUCGGCUAUCGGCGUGGUGACUAUCAUCGGCACCUACUGCGUAUCCAAACACUUCCGGAACCCCAUGCACCGUCUAAUCGUGAUCAACGCCUUCUACAACGCCCUCGACGUUGUUUGCACCAUGAUCUCCACCAGCGGGCCGGAUGCAGGGAACACGUCAGCUCUUUGCCAGUUCCAGGGGUUCCUUAACCAGAUGUUUCCCGUUGCCGACGUCCUCUGGACCCUCGCCAUGGCCAUCAACGUCUACCUGAUCGUGCAUCACAGCUAUGACGUCGGGUCGCUGAAGCGGCUCGAGUGGAAGUACAUGGUUGUCAUCAGUAUAGUGACCUUCAUCCCGGCCUUUGUGUUUCUCUUCAUCAGUACCGAGGAGAAUGGUCCCAUGUAUGGGAGUGUGACUCUAUGGUGCGCCAUUGCACCGAAAUGGGUGCUCUUCCGGAUCGUGAUAUACUACGUGCCCAUCUGGUCAUCCAUCCUCAUCACAAUAGCCAUCUACCUCUUCGUCGGUAUGGAAAUUGCCAGGCGAAGACGCAUCCUCCGCUCCAUGAGCAGCAACAUGCACGGCCCCGCCAUGGAGGAAGACACCAUCCCAGCCGCCACCGGCAGCGACUCGUGCGGCAACUCGACCAGCGUCGCCGCCGACUACGACGAGACGCAGCCUACUAGCUCCUCGGUCGACGAGUCGCACACUUCCGUGUCCAACAAAUACUACGCCGCUUCGACGACCCGCGUUGCCACAGCCAACACGUCGUCUCUCUCAUUCAGGCAGUACAUUCUGAUGCCGCUCUUUUUCUUCCUCGCCUUGCUGCUGGUCUGGGUGGCCCCCUCGACCAACCGCGUUGCCGCUUUCGUCAAUCCCUCGUUCUCGUCGUACCCGCUGCUGCUGAUGGUUGGGAUCACCGGGUCGCUACGCGGAUUCUGGAAUGGUAUCGUCUUUGUCGUGGUGGGGAUGAGGUCCUGGAAGAGGCGCAAGGAGUCGGAUGAGAUGGCGCUGCAGCCUGUCACGGCGGUCCAGGGAAGACUGUAG